AUGAUGUAUUUAGUGUUAUUUAUGCUUUGGGUGGCCAUCCGAAGUUCAGGUCCAGAUGAGAAGCUGAAGAAGUCGAUAGAAAACGCUAUGAAGGAGGAUGUCAGCAAAAAGCUGCAUGAUAUUGUGACAAAAACUACGGAGGAUAUAAAGGAAAAGCUAGAGGACGAGAUAGAGCGUCUUAUACACUGGGAGGAAAGAGACGAUAAGAUGGGGUCCACUCAAGAGGCUCAAGGACCAGAGGAGGAGAAAGAAGAAUCAUUUGUAACAUCUGCUUUGAAGAAAACCUGUGGAGGCCUCGUGAUUGUAGUCAUACUUAUAUUGAUUAUGUAUCUGGUUAGAAAGAUUAUAAAAUACUGCCGAAAACUGAAGAGCUGUUAUGAAUGA